CUUUUAGCAACAUAAAUUUUGGGCUCCAAUUGUGGUCCAUCCCCAGUUAGCUGAACUUAAUUUUCAUUGGGAAAAAUGGGCUUAAGUCUUAUCUAUUGUGUUAAAUUUCUCUGCCGCUAUUCCUGUAGAAGUUUUAGCCAUGGUUAACUUAGCUUUUUGAAUUUGUGCAGUGAAUUGAAGUAUAUAUACCAGCUUUAGAUUAUAAGUUUGCACAACACGUCAAUCUAAAAUAAGACUUAAUGAUUACCUUUAAAACAGUGGUAGUGUUCUUCCUUUCAGAAUUUACAAUGAGCAAUCACCGAAGUGAUCGCUUUUAUUUUUAAUAAAAUGUCAAGAUGGUUGUCCUACUUGUAACAUCUCUUAUAAUUAAGUUUAAGAAACUUAAUUUGAUAUGCAUCAGAUGUUUCUUUCAUCUUUGUUCUCAUAAUUUAUAGCCUUAACAAGAAAAGUUGAAGGAAAGUAUUUUAUGUGUAAUACAAGCGAUUGAAUAUGUAUUAAGCAAGACCACGUGGCAGAGAAGAAUAGAAUCCUCAAUUUAUACAGGACAGGCAAAUCAUAUAAUAAUACUAAUAUCAGUAUUAAAUAGCAUAGAAGAAGUACUAAAUUGCUGAACUGAUCCUAAACAGAUUCAGUUGUGUCGGUCUUCCUUCAUCCUUGAAGCUGCCCCUGAGACGCAGCCACAGAAUCAGAAGCUAAAAUGUCAGCUUUGAAACAUCCAAAGUAUCCCGAAGCAAAACUGCUUCAACUGGAAAGCAUGAUACCCUGCCGAGAAGCUCAAGCGUCAACCUUAUUGUCAAUAUUUGGAGAGCGUCAACACUUUAGCUUUCCAGCCCUUUUCAUAUAUGGACAUACAUCCAGUGGAAAGACUUACGUGCUGCAGAAUCUUCUAAAAACCUUGGAGCUUCCUCAUGUAUUUGUGAAUUGUGCCGAAUGUUUUACUUCAAGGUUACUUCUGGAAGAAAUAUUGAGACAGUUGCAAUGCCUCUUUAUCAAAGAAGAAGAUCCUUCAUUUGUAUCCUGCGACGCAUUCAACGAUUUCGUACGUUUAUUUAAAAAGGCAGCUUUGACAUCUGAUCUGCAGAACCAGACAAUGUAUGUUGUUUUGGAUAAAGCAGAACAGCUGCGCGAGCUGGAAGGAAAUAUUCUGCCAGGUUUUCUUAGAUUGCAAGAAUUGACGGAGAAGAACGUGACGGUGGUUCUCCUUAGUGAAAUUGUAUGGGAACUUCUUCGUCCAAACACAGGAUGCCUUGAGCCGCUGCCAUUAUAUUUUCCAGAUUACAGCAUAGGGCAUCUGCAGAAGAUUCUGUCCCAUGAUCAUCCUCCAGAAUAUUCAUUUGAUUUUUAUGCUGCAUAUAUCAAUAUUCUUCUUGGAGUCUUCUAUCCAGUCUGCAGGGACUUGAAGGAGCUCCAACAUCUGGCUGCACUUAAUUUUUCUAAAUAUUGUGAGCCUGUAGUCCAAGGAGAGGCGAAUGAACGCGACACGCGCCGACUGUGGAAAAAUAUUGAAUCCCAUUUGAAGAAAGCUAUGCAAACAGUUUAUCUUCGAGAAAUAUCAAGCUCCCAGUGGGAACGAUUACAGCAAGAUAAUGGAGAACCUGAACAAAUAAAAGGACUUUCAGCUCAUGCUCAUGUAGAACUGCCCUAUUAUUCCAAGUUUCUUCUAAUAGCAGCUUAUCUAGCCUCUUACAAUCCUGCCAGGACAGAUAAAAGGUUCUUCGUUAAGCAUCAUGGAAAAAUUAGGAAGGUAAACUUUCAGAAGAAACAUGAAAAGACCAGCAACCAUCUUCUGGGACCAAAGCCCUUCCCACUGGACAGGUUGCUAGCCAUCCUCUACAGCAUUGUCGACAGCCGAAUUCCUCCGACUGCAAAUAUUUUUUCCCAGAUUACUUCUCUUGUAACACUGCAGCUGUUAACCUUGAUUGGCCAUGACGAUCAGUUUAAUGGACCAAGGUACAAAUGUGUGGUUUCCCUGGAUUUCAUCAGAGCCAUUUCCAGGGCCAUUGGAACAUUGAAUUGGUCACUAACUGUUACAAGUUGAGGACUACAUGUAGUCAGGUUUUCCUACUUCUUUUUCCAAUAUUUUUUUUAUUUAGCUUGAAAAUCAAAAUACAGAACUGGGAGGAGAAAAGAAAGAAGGAACAAACAAGCAAAUAAGCGUCAAGCUUUUUAUACUUUUGAUUUGGCACUGAACCUAUUUUAUUUUGGCAGUGGCCAGGAGUACAUCUGUACAGCUAAGGCUUGGAUUGCCCACUGCAUUUGUUCCUGAAAAUAUUGGAUUUGGCCAUGAUAACAUAAUUUCGCCUGUCUGGAACCCUCACCACAUUUCUGACAUCAAUACAACUGAACGUGUCCAGAAGUAUUUUACAAGAAGAGUUCUCCACUCCUCUGAAAACAACAAAAUACCUUAUCCCACCAGACUUGAAAUCCUAGGCUUAGAAAACUUCGAACUCCGUCGCCUUCGACAAGACCUAAGCUUAACUCAUAGAAUCAUCUAUUGUAAUGUCCUUCCUGUCAAAGACUACUUCAGCUUUAAUUGCAAUAAUACAAGAGCAACCAAUAGAUUUAAACUUAAUGUUAACCGCUUCAAUCUAGAUUGCAGAAAAUAUGACUUCUGUAACUUGGAAUACUUUACCUGACUCUGUGGUCUCUUCCCAUAAUCCCAAAAGCUUUAACCAAAAACUUUCUACUAUUGACCUCACCCCAUUCCUAAGAGGACCAUAAGAGGCAUGCAUAAGAGCACAAACGUGCCUACCGUUCCUGUCCUAUUGUUUUCUUUUUUUCUUAUAUAUAUAUAUACUUAUACUUCCUUAUAUUUCCUCAUAUAUAUGUUUAUAUACUAUAUAAUCAUUUUGUGUGAUGCUUAUGUAUAUUGUUGUGACUAAAUAAAUAAAUAACACAUGCCGUAGUGAUACCCUGCCAAAACAAUUACAGUUGUUUGAACAGGAUACAAUGUGACACUGCUUUUGAAGAAAAAAAACCCACAAACUUUUGAAACUUCAACAGGUCCAAAAUGAUAAAGCUAGACUUAAAAUGAAACUAAGUUACUCCCUUAUUAUAACUCUUUUAAUGGUCCAUAGAAAAACACCUCUAAAUAAAUGUAUUCAUAUUGUACAUGUAGUCCUUGACUUAACAACAGUUUGUUUAAUGACCAUUCAAAGUUAAAAUGGCAUUGAAA